AUGAGCUCAGGAACACCCCGGACAUCUUUCAGUAUCGCAGACAUUUUAGGCCAGAGCAUGGUCCCCAGAACACCCUUGGCGCCGCAGCUGCCGGAGUCGGUCCCUGGUCCCACAUCACCGCUGUGCGCGCUGGAGCAGCUGACAAGUAACACUUUCUGCGGACUCGACGGGCGCGCCCCACAGCCCUCCGAAGCUCCUGAUGGCUCUGCACCCAUAUCCAGGCACUGUGACCGGCCGCUUGGAGUGGCCACUGGAGCCGCAGCGCGGAACGGCCUGCUCCAGGUGCUGGAGCUGGAGCGGCGCUUUGUCUUCCAGAAGUACCUGGCGCCGUCUGAGCGUGACGGGCUGGCAGCGCGACUGGGCCUGGCCAACGCGCAGGUCGUCACGUGGUUCCAGAACCGGCGGGCAAAGCUCAAGCGCGACUUGGAGGAGAUGCGCGCCGACAUGGCCUCUUUGCGCGCGCUGUCCCCCGGGAUUCUGCGCCGCCUCGCGCUGCCCGACGGUGCCCCAGGCCCCCGCCCGGCCCCUCCGGCCCCGGGGCCACACCUGUCUGAUGAAGAGAUCCAGGUGGACGAUUGA